GGUGACGUGAGUAUACAACACACUGAAGUGGUGUGGUGUGUGUGUGCGCGCAAACAUUUUUAUUUUGGAAUGGCGACGAUACAGCGGCAAAACGCACUGGUGUGGGUGUUGUGGUUUACACUUAUCACUCUUGGUUGUUGUAGAAGUCUGAAAGAUUUAAAAAAAGUAUUACAAUCUCAAACGACGGCUGGAGUCACUAGACAAGACGAUACAAUCCACGCGAGGAAUUCAUCGGAGCCGUCGAUUGAACGGGUAUUAUACUACGGGCAUUUAACUAUUGGAGCCAAAAAGCUGAAUCUGAUUGAUGAGGGAAAACCUAUCGCUAGGGAUACCGAAUUGUUCGGCGGACCUUUUGAUGACGACACUGAUUAUCAGUCCGACUCCUAUUCCAUGGUAAAGGAAUCAGAACUUGGUGUUGAAGGAGUGUUUAGCCAGGGGAACAAGAGGACCCCUGCUGUAGACCGAUUACUAGGAAUGAAACCAAAGGUUGAAUGUGUUGAGGAUUCCAUGACCCUCAAACUCCAUGGAGCUGCUUCUUCGCAGUUCUCUUUUCUUGUGGACAGAGGAAAUGCACACCCACUCUCAUUAUCACAAAUGCCUUCAGUCUGUGGCUACUCUGUCAGGAAGAGCUGGAGGGAUUUGGUUUUCAGUACACCGUAUGAUGGCUGUUUUGUAGCUGAAGAGGGGUCGAAUUAUGUAUUACCUCUGUUUAUCUAUGGCUUGCCUGUGAGAAUGGCCUGCCCAAGCAUAGCUCCAAAGCCUCCCUCUGCGUCUUGCCACGUUAGUGGAAUGACUGUGGAAAUUGAAUCCUCUUCCUCUGUUAAAGAUGUUCAUGUGAAGGUCAACAGUAAGUGGGAGUCCUUGAUGAAGAUAUCCUCCCAGUGUGGCUUCAGUGUUGUUGAACAUCCUGAAGGAGUAAUUAUAUCUGCCCCAUAUUUGCCGUGUAUUAAAGAACAGGAUGGCAUGUUAACCUUUGAGGUAGUAGCUGGGGGAGACUUCAAAAUCUCUUGUCCAUCUCAGCCUUCUACUAUACAUGCAAUAGCCACUGCUCGUCCCGAAUCCCCAACCACCGCCUUAGCUGGAGCCCUAAAGCCAGCACCUGUUGAGGAUCCACAGCAUCCACAAAGACCAGGUCCCCCGUCUACACAGGCACCUUUGUACCCAGUUUACCCUCAGAAACCAACACCGUUUGAAUAUCCUUCCAAUAGCAUGCCUCUUUAUACCCCUGAACCUGUGCAGUCUCCAGAACAAUUCCCUUUCUAUCCGUACCAUCCCGGAUUUUACCUGCCUCACCCUCAGCCUGACCCUGCUGCUGCGAGCCCUAAACCGGAGCAUUCCGUAGAGCCACAGAAUCCACAAAGACCAGGUCCCCUGUCUACACAGGCACCUUUGUACCCAGUUUACCCUAAGAAGCCAGCACCUGUUGAAUAUCCUUCCAAAAGCAUGCCCCUUUAUACCCCUGAACCUGUGCAGUCUCCAGAACAAUUCCCUUUCUAUCCGUUCCAUCCCAGAUUUUACCCUCAGCCUGAUGGUGCUACUGCGAUCCCUGAACCGGAGCAUUCCGUAGAGCCACAGAAUCCACAAAGACCAGGUCCCCCGUCUACACAGGCACCUUUGUACCCAGUUUACCCUAAGAAGCCAGCACCUGUUGAGGAUCCACAGCAUCCACAAAGACCAGGUCCCCCGUCUACACAGGCACCUUUGUACCCAGUUUACCCUAAGAAGCCAGCACCUGUUGAGGAUCCACAGCAUCCACAAAGACCAGGUCCCCCGUCUACACAGGCACCUUUGUACCCAGUUUACCCUCAGAAACCAACACCGUUUGAAUAUCCUUCCAAUAGCAUGCCUCUUUAUACCCCUGAACCUGUGCAGUCUCCAGAACCAUUCCCUUUCUAUCUGUUCCAUCCCGGAUUUGACCUGCCUCACCCUCAGCCUGAUGCUGCUGCUGCGAGCCCUGAACCGGAUCAUUCCGUAGAGCCACAGAAUCCACCAAGACCAGGUCCCCCGUCUACACAGGCACCUUUGUACCCAGUUUACCCUAAGAAGCCAGCACCUGUUGAGGAUCCACAGCAUCCACAAAGACCAGGUCCCCCGUCUACACAGGCACCUUUGUACCCAGUUUACCCUCAGAAACCAACACCGUUUGAAUAUCCUUCCAAUAGCAUGCCUCUUUAUACCCCUGAACCUGUGCAGUCUCCAGAACCAUUCCCUUUCUAUCCGUUCCAUCCCAGAUUUUACCCUCAGCCUGAUGGUGCUACUGCGAUCCCUGAACCGGAGCAUUCCGUAGAGCCACAGAAUCCACAAAGACCAGGUCCCCCGUCUACACAGGCACCUUUGUACCCAGUUUACCCUAAGAAGCCAGCACCUGUUGAGGAUCCACAGCAUCCACAAAGACCAGGUCCCCCGUCUACACAGGCACCUUUGUACCCAGUUUACCCUAAGAAGCCAGCACCUGUUGAGGAUCCACAGCAUCCACAAAGACCAGGUCCCCCGUCUACACAGGCACCUUUGUACCCAGUUUACCCUAAGAAGCCAGCACCUGUUGAGGAUCCACAGCAUCCACAAAGACCAGGUCCCCCGUCUACACAUGCACCUUUGUACCCAGUUUACCCUCAGAAACCAACACCGUUUGAAUAUCCUUCCAAUAGCAUGCCUCUUUAUACCCCUGAACCUGUGCAGUCUCCAGAACCAUUCCCUUUCUAUCUGUUCCAUCCCGGAUUUGACCUGCCUCACCCUCAGCCUGAUGCUGCUGCUGCGAGCCCUGAACCGGAUCAUUCCGUAGAGCCACAGAAUCCACCAAGACCAGGUCCCCCGUCUACACAGGCACCUUUGUACCCAGUUUACCCUAAGAAGCCAGCACCUGUUGAGGAUCCACAGCAUCCACAAAGACCAGGUCCCCCGUCUACACAGGCACCUUUGUACCCAGUUUACCCUCAGAAACCAACACCGUUUGAAUAUCCUUCCAAUAGCAUGCCUCUUUAUACCCCUGAACCUGUGCAGUCUCCAGAACCAUUCCCUUUCUAUCCGUUCCAUCCCGGAUUUGACCUGCCUCACCCUCAGCCUGAUGCUGCUGCUGCGAGCCCUGAACCGGAUCAUUCCGUAGAGCCACAGAAUCCACCAAGACCAGGUCCCCCGUCUACACAGGCACCUUUGUACCCAGUUUACCCUAAGAAGCCAGCACCUGUUGAGGAUCCACAGCAUCCACAAAGACCAGGUCCCCCGUCUACACAGGCACCUUUGUACCCAGUUUACCCUAAGAAACCAGCACCUGUUGAAUAUCCUUCCAAAAGCAUGCCCCUUUAUACCCCUGAACCUGUGCAGUCUCCAGAACAAUUCCCUUUCUAUCCGUUCCAUCCCGGGUUUGACCUGCCUCACCCUCAGCCUGACCCUGCUGCUGCGAGCCCUAAACCGGAGCAUUCCGUAGAGCCACAGCAUCCACAAAGACCAGGUCCCCCGUCUACACAGGCACCUUUGUACCCAGUUUACCCUAAGAAACCAGCACCUGUUGAAUAUCCUUCCAAAAGCAUGCCCAUUUAUACCCCUGAACCU